GCGGGCGGGGAGCGCGCGGAGCCUCUUCCCGCCUCUCUCCCUCCUCCGUGCGGCGCCGCCCCGGCCGCCAUGUUGCGGCGGCGGCGGGAGCGGCGGCGGCAGCCCGGGGCGUACGGAGCAUGCACGGCGCGAAGCAGCGGCCCGCGGGCGCGCACCCAGGCCGGUGGGUGCUCAUUGCACCAGAGGCUGCUACUGACCCCCCUAAGACACCUGACAGUGAACCUUUGUUUACAAAACUGCGCAAUCCAAGCACAGGGGAAGCAACCCUUUAUUUAUUCAACAGCGGUGCACAGCAGCUGUUUGAAGUAAAAGCUUUUCAUGAGGAAUAUCGUUCCUGGUUUAUAGGUCAGACUGUUCAACAAGAUGGGCGCCUGCUGUUUGUUACACCAAUGGACCCCUUAUUUCUGAUACUUUAUUACCUCAUAAAGGCAUACAAGGAGCAGCAAGGCAAGUUCCAGCCACUCGAUCAAGUUGUGCUAGACUCAGAGUACCCUAGCUGCCCAUUGCUGCUGAAGUGUGCAGAUGUUAAACAGUACAUACAUCACGUAACAGAAGAAAAAGAGAUUGGCAGUCAGAAAUUCCACAAAUACAGCCAAGAGAAGACACUGAAGUGGUUAAAGAUAAAGGUCAAUCAAACAGUGAAAGCACUUAAAAGCAACAAUAUAUCUGUAGGUGAAAGGGUACGUGCAGCUACAUUUAUCAGCAGUAAACAGAUCACAGACUCUAAAGAAGACUAUCUACGGUAUGCCCAUGGGUUAAUAUCAGAAUAUAUUCCUGAAGAUCUGAGUAAGGAGUUGUUAAAAUACUUAGGGCUUCCAGAACUUAAAAGCCCGGUGCCAGAGCCACCACUGAAGAUGCCUGCGCAAAGACGUGCAAAGAAGAAAUGAAAGGAGCAUAAGGAGAUUCGCUGAUAGUAUUUUAACUUGCCAUAAUCUCAGAGCAGCUUUUAAAGGCUUUUUUUACACACUUUCUGAAAAAUCAAUGCUUGAAGUUAGACAUGCCUUGUUCCAAGAAAAAGCAAAUCUCAGCAGAUUAACAUUGUUAAAUAUGUGGUGUGUUGAACAUACACUGCUUCAGAUUUUAUAGCUUAUACACUAUUGGUCUAUCGGGCCCUUCCAGGAAAGCACUUACGAGCAUGCCUAAUGUUAAGCACAUGAGCAGCGAUCUCAAAGUCAGCAGUGUUGUUCGUGUGGAUAAGUGCUUUGCUGGAUCAGCGCCUGAAGUCCUGUUAGGUGCUGAGCAUCCUGAUCCAUAUCCAGCAAAGCACUUAUGUCCAUGCUUAUCUUGAGGUGGAGGAGCCAGUCGAACUAAUAUUUGUGCAUAAGUGUUCGCCAUAAAAUCUCUCCGGGCACGAUGACUCACAUGCUUAAAAUUAAGCACCUGCCCAAGUCGUUUGCAAGGGCAGACCAGCAGCAUCCUUGAGCAAGUUGUAAAUAAUUACUUGAUUUUGUAUGAAUUUUUUUUUUUUUUGUACUUGUUUUUUAACACUAUAUGAUUUUAGUGGCCGUAAUGACAAGUUUUAGAAGCUGCAUAGCAAAAUACGUUGUGCGCAAUUUUCUCCUUCCUUUUUCAAAACCUAGCCAAAUUCAGCAAGGUGGCCUUUUUGGACUGGAAGUCCAAUGUUCAGACAUAGAAUCAUCCAAAGUGAAAAAAAAAAAGUUAACUCUAUUUUUUAGGACAUUUACAUUUUUUGAAAUAAUUACACUUCAUUUGAUUUGCAUGGUUUUUUCCAGCCCUGACCUGUUAUCCAGAAGAUGUCACCUAGCGCUGGUUGUGCAGGCUGUCUGACUCUUGAAGUGAUAAAGCUUGAGGUAGGAUGUUAACAUGUACCUUUUGUGUUGAGAACUAACUGAAAACCUAGGUAUGUAAUCCCCCAGGUAAAAAAAAUUAGACCUAAUUAUUUAUUAUAUUUUUUACUCAUGUAAGAGACACUUUCUGUAGCAUGAACUUCAACCAAAAUGUCAACCUGAGUCUACAGAAAAUAUGCAGAAAAUGGAUGCUCAUGAGAUCCUUAAGUGAUCUGUGUCAGAUGCAGUCUCAUGUUUUUAGCUUAAAUAGCAUUAAUGUCAAACUCCUUGCUACAAACUUUUUACAAGUAGUAAUUGAUGGGAUUUUGACCAUAGUGAAUGUAUGCUUCUGUCAGUUUUAACUAUGACCCCAGUUCACAAGACACCUACAGCAAAUAACCAAAACGUUCUGUGAAGCUUGAAUAUAUUUGAAGCAUUCUAGAUAAGUGAAAAAAUAUUUUGCUUCUGCUCUGGAAAGUUCUGACUAACUUCAAGUCAAACGAGAGCUCAAAGAAGAGUUUAUUACAACGCUGCUGAAAACUAAAUUCCAAGACAAAGAAGCAACAGCUCAUUCAACUUUCUUUUCAAGUGAUUCUGAUUAGCUCCGUUUCAGAAUAUGAAAAACCUGAACUGUUAACCAUUUACAAAUCACGCAUGAAAGUAAGUGUAAUCCGAAUGCUUAUUUUAGAAAUUUGCACUAAAUUCUUUUUGUUACUUCUGUGCUUGUCUGGUUAAGCAAUGUGCACUGUCCCUUUUCAUGGAAAAAAAGUAUUUAUUUUCACGGAGUUUUCUAGGCAGUACUGCAAGAAUAUUAUGUGGGUCCAAGAUGAAAUUUCUAUUUUUCUACCUUACAUGAAAAAAAAAUAUGAUUGAUAUAGGAGUAAGAUUAUGAAUUUUAAUAA